AGGUAUUAGAGAUCUGCAUCGCUAUACUUGUCCACAAGAGCAUCAUCGUGUUCAGUCUGUCUGUGAAGCUGGUCCAGAGUGCAGUUCGUCCAUUAUGGGUGGCUGCUUACAUUGGAGUGUUCGCCAUGAUGUCACCUAUAGGCAUCGCCAUCGGCAUCAGUGUGUUGGAGGCUCAGCUGGCAGCUGGAGCACUAAUCCAGGCUGUCCUGGAGGGGCUUGCCGCAGGGACUUUUGUUUACAUCACCUUUCUAGAGAUCCUCCCACACGAACUCAUCCCCGGGAAGCAGCUUCUGAAGGUGCUCUUCAUCCUGCUGGGCUUCAGCAUCAUGGCAGCUCUGACGUUUUUGGGCUGAGAGUAGUAGUCAAAUAAGCCAGUAUGCUGGGAUGUGACCUGGGUGCAUUGUGCCAACAACUGCAGCUUCCACAAGGGUUUGUGUGUGAAGUAGAGUUUUAAUGUCAAAGGGAGCAUGGCAACAAAUGCAGGUAUUUUAUUUCUUCCAACAUACUUUUAAAAUAUUCAUAAAAAGCAGUCCAGUCACUAUGUGCAUAUAUAAUUUCUCUUUUAGAUGAUUUUAUUUAAAGAGGAAACACUUACUGCAAUGAUAAGUUUGUUGAAUGACUAACUGAAGCACAGAGGGAAGAACUGGCCUCAUUUAUCACUGGCCUUGUUUCAACAUGCUUUGGACCUGCAAACAAACGUCCUCUGACCUUUGACACUAUUGAGGAAACCACUGGAAACAAAGGGCUGUGUUACAUGUAUAUAUACUUUGUAAUUAAGCCAAUAAUGUCUGGAUAUCAAUACUUCCAGAUCUUUAAUGUUUACAUUUUAUUUGAAACAAAUUCAAUCAGGAAGAUUCUUCUUUCCAGAAAGCACUCUUUGUGUCUUCACUUUUGUCGAAGUAUUUCAUAUGAUACGUUCUUCACUACAGGCUCAGCUGGAUGGUUGGCCUUGUAAUUAAUGGAGUUUCCUCUGACCCAGAUUUUGGUAAAUACUGGCAUUUUAGUGCAAUGAUUUUACAGUAGUUUCUUUCAUUAGGCUGAUUUUACUUCUCAUUACAAACUGGAUCAGAAAUCCAGUAAUUUGUCCAGUAAACUAGUGUAAAUGUAAAACGGACUCCUUGAUGCCUUACAAAGUUGUAUGCCAAAAAAGGGGGGGUUGUCAAUGAUGAGGAAAUAUGUGGGAUUUCAUUUUAUUAGAACCUGUGAUUAUCUCCACAAAUGAAUGAAAUGUAACUGGCUUUUAACAACCCCCUUUUUAAACAAGCUGAUCACUAUUAUUAUUACUAUAUGUUGACCUUUUUCAUAGUUUGGCCCAUUCGUUUUGCCACUUUGCUUUAUUAAAACGCGUCUUUGUAGAGUGCUUUUAGUUCUCUAUUUUGAUUGUAGACAAAUACAGAACCUUUAAAUGUACCAGUGCACAUACUUGUAUUUGCAUCAGUUAAACAAACCAAGCAGGACACUACAGUACAGCACAUUGGGCCAAAACUGUAUUUUUCAUGGUGUACAUGUAAAGUGGCUAUAACAAAGAAUGGAGUAGGGGAAAAACAAGAAACAGUAUAGCACAGUUAACAAACGGUUCUUUAUAACUUUCAGCCUUCUUACUCUCAGAGUCAACUAGUUAAGCCCAUGUGUGCAGUUACAGCUGUAAACUCUGUUUAGUCUCAAUUCCUGUUUUAGUCUGUCAUGAGAUUGUCACAUUGUUUCCUCAUCAGGAAAAAUAGCAGAAAAUUGGAUUUUGUGUGGGUUGGUGUCAUGUAUCAGCAAAAACGUUUUGUGAAUGCCACUUCAAAUAUGGGAUUGUGUGCAUAUUUGCACAUCAUCAGCAUUUCUUCCAUUAAAGUUUAUCGGAUAAACAGUAGUGAAACUCGUAUGAUAGAACUAUUCCCCAAAAGAAAUGCCGUUGCUCCAACUGCAGUGUUAAUGUGCUUUUUGUCAGAACACCAACCUGUGAAUUGUAACAUAAAAAGUCAUUUGUUUGUAAAGACCAAUCAACCACCUUUUUGCAAGUAGACUUACAUGUAUUAUUUUGUGCCUUAUUGUUAUUCAUACUUUGUUGUCUGUUACAUAAACUUGAUUUAGAGUAAAGAUAAAAGGAAUUUUCUGCCUAUGUGUUUGUUGUAUGCAAAAGAUGCAGAGCCUGUAAUCAGUGUUAGAUGGGUUUAUAGAAUUAUGAUAAAUAAAUACACUUAAUCCUU